AACCGCCUGCUGCAGCCGGGCGGCACCCUGCUGGUGGCGGAGGUCGCCAGCCGCUUCCUGGACGUCCGCGCCUUCGUCAGUGCCGUGACCCAGCUGGGCUUCAAGAUCGUCUCGAAGGACCUGGCCAACAACUUCUUCUACUUUUUCGAGUUCAGCAAGACGGGGCGGCCCCACGCGGGGGCCACGCUGCCCGGCCUGCGGCUCCGGCCCUGCCUCUACAAGAAGCGCUGAGCUACGGGGGACAUCCUGCAGCCCGCGGGCCGGGCCGGGCACCCCUUUUCCGUGUGGUCAAUAAAGUUGUUGUUGUUGA